AUGUAUGUAAUGUGGACAUGCGACAUGUCCCCUCACUUGACUAACAGUGCCGCUUCGCGAAAUCUCAUCGCCGUGGUACCAGCCGAGCGGUACAUCUUGGAUCAGACCACAGGCAUUAAUCUUACUUUGCAGACACUCUAUUUGGAGAUUGCCAAGAACUGCAACCAGCUUUCACGCCAGGGUGUCAAAAUAUAUGUUAUUGUCUUGAAGCUAUCGCGGGUCGAGGUCAUGGAUGUGCGAGCAUAUGUCACUGGUUUCAGGGGAGACUGGAAAGCUCUGAAGCAGACCUUCAAUUUUGUUCGGUAUGCAGACCAGGAUGCAGUAUGCUGGAUGUGCCUCGCGACGAAGGGAGCAGAAGACAUCCAGUACUCGUACACAAACGUAUCUGCAACAGCACCUUGGAUAUCAACCAUUGGAACCGUUCCUGCAUGGAGGCUUUCGCCAAGCUAUACUUUGCUGGAUGGGUUUCAUGCUGGGUUUAUCCAGGCAGACUUGCUUCAUAUUUGGCAUUUAGGGACCGGACGGGACCUAAUUGCAUCAGCUUUGGUGUUCAUGGUCAAGGCUGGGCUUUGUUUUGUUGGUGCGACCCAGGACAUUCGGCUCGACAAUGCAACAGAACAGCUGAGAACAUACGCCAGAAGGAAUAAGCUUACACUCAAGCUUAAAAAGCUUUCGAAGGCCAAGCUGAACUGGAAAGCAAGGUGCAUGCCCGAGCUUCGUUCUGGAGGUUAUGAUACUUAUGUUGUUGGACGAUGGUUAGUGGACGAUGUGCUUCCGAAUCACAGUGCCGAGCUACCACAAGACUUGUGCAUGGCCCUUUGGUCGUCUAAUCAGUUUCUGUCGAUCAUGACCAAUGGUGGCCGGUGGCUUACCAGAGAUGAGCAAAGGAACAAAGAGCAAUUCGGAGCCUUGUUUAUGCGAUCAUACAUUCGGUUGGCCCGGCAAAGCAUUCAAGACCGAACCCGGCUCUACAAAAUGAGGCCUAAGCUGCACAUUCUUCAUCAUAUGCUGAUGUCCUCACCACCUUCCCGAUUGAACAAUCAUGUUUAUGCAACCUGGAUGGACGAGGAUUUCUUGCGCAAGGCCAUGAAGGUCCACUCGAAUACAGAUCCCCGAGGAGCCUCCUUACGUGUACUGCAGAGGUAUCUGAUGGGCCUGCCCAAAACCUGGGAGAAGUUGCACGGUGCUUAA